CCUGAUUGGCACAUGCCUCGGAAAACGGCGGGCCUGGAACCUUGCAGCUUGCGGGGCACCGAAACCGCCACCAGCCGAUGCCGCAAAGGCGCAACGGCAUUUCAAAGCAGUCACCUCAAAUUGUACAUCUCCGGCGAAAAGACCGCGAAAUUACAAAAUACCCCCACGGGAUUUUUCUUGUUAUCUAUCCGUGUCAAAUUCACCGCAAAGCCUUAUCACAGGCUACAGAUAGUUACUACUCCGACGGGUUUGUCUCAAAAGCGCGUCAACCGCGGGGUUCCCUCAACACGCACUGACCGAGUUUGCGCCCGCGGCUCCCAUCACCAGUCAGUCAGUCAACCUUUCGACACCACCUAGGGCGAACGCCCACCCGCACACUCGCCCACAGUCAGUUCGCCCACCAUGUCGGCCAUCCUCUCCGCCGACGACCUCAACGACUUCAUCUCCCCCGGCGUCGCCUGCAUCAAGCCGAUCGAGACGCUCCCGACGACCCAACUCGGCCCCGAACAGCAACAACCGUCGCAACAAUCCCUCGAAUUCGAAGUCAUCCUCGACGGCCAACAACAGCCCACCGCCACCGCCGCCUCGCCCAACGGGACGGCAGCGGGCGCGGCGCCGGCCCAGAUCUCCCUCACCGACUGCCUCGCCUGCUCGGGCUGCGUGACCUCGGCCGAGGCCGUUCUGGUCAGUCUGCAGAGCCACAACGAAGUGCUCUCGGUGCUGGACGCCGCGCCGGGGCUGCGGGUGGUACGAGGCAGCGAUGGAAAGGCGGCGGCGGCGGUGUCCGGGCUGGAGAACCCCGACGCCAAGCUCUUCGUCGCCAGCGUCUCGCCCCAGACCAGAGCCAGCCUCGCCGCGGCCUGCGGGGGCGCCGUGACGGAGCAGCAGGCCGGGUGGAUGGUCGAGCAGCUCCUGAUGGGCCCGGGCGGGUUGGCGGGGGGAGGGAAGCACGGGAACGGGUUCGCGUGGACGGUGGACACCAACACGGCGCGGGAGGCGUGUCUCGUGCUCGGGUCGGACGAGGUUUUGGGCGGCGGAUCCCAUCGGGGCUCGGAUAAGCCCGCGUCGCCUAUCCUUACGUCCUCCUGUCCCGGGUGGGUCUGCUAUGCGGAGAAGACGCACCCGUACGUGCUGCCGCAUUUGUCGCGGGUCAAGUCGCCACAGGCGCUGAUGGGCACGCUGCUCAAGACGACGCUCAGCCGUGUGCUGGGAAUUGCGCCGGACAGGAUAUGGCACCUGGCCGUGAUGCCGUGUUUCGAUAAGAAGCUGGAGGCGAGCCGGGAGGAGUUGACGGAUGCGGUGUGGGGAGGCGCGGGGACACCGGGGAGGGGUGUCAGGGACGUGGACUGCGUCAUCACAAGCAAGGAGAUCCUCAUGCUCGCCGCGUCGAGGGGGGCAGAUUUCUUUGACUUGGCCAAGUCCGCUCCCGUGCAGCAACCUGCAUUUCCAGACCCGGCCAUCCAUCGGUUUUUGUUUCCGGCGCAACGGCGCAAGCAGCUCCGGGAUGGGGGCACAUCAGGAGGUAAUCUGCAUUACAUCCUCCACGACGUUCAGUCGAGGCACGCCGGCUCGCAGAUCCAGAUGACGCGCGGCAGGAAUGCUGACGUCGUCGAGUAUGCCGUCGUCCUCGGUUCCUCCGGCGAAACCGUCUUUAGGGCGGCGCGCUACUAUGGCUUCCGCAACAUCCAAAACCUUGUCCGAAAGCUGAAGCCGGCAAAGGCAUCCCGCAUGCCGGGCGGGAAGCCAUUUGGUAGUGCACGUAGGCCGACUGGCAGGCCAGGCCCCUUGGAACACGCCUAUGUUGAAGUCAUGGCGUGCCCCGGAGGUUGCACCAACGGCGGUGGCCAAAUCAAGGUCGACGACCAAGUCAUCGUUGAUCGCAAGAACUUCGGCGAGAAGCCCGGGCCGGACGAGCAAAAGGCCUGGCAGGCCGAAGUCGACGAGGCGUACUUUUCCGGCGAUGAGCCAGAUCCUGCACACGGUGCGGGUGACGACCACUCGGCGGAGCUUAUUGCUGGCAUUUCUCCUUCGCAUAUUCGAGAUACCCUAGCGCAUUGGGCGGACAUCACGGGCAUACAGUUAGAUAGACUGGUGUACACGAGUUAUCGCGAGGUCGUGAGCGACGUCGGCAAGCCCGUCAGCGACACUGAACGGGUGGUCCAGCUAGCUGGUAAAAUCGGUGGCGGGUGGUAACCGCGUCGUCGUUAUCGUA